AUGGAGCGCAUCAAGAACAAGCGGACUGCUCACCGAGCGCCGAGCACGAGUACAAUUCCCGAGGUGAACGAGAUAAUACAAUCCGUGCAGUUCGACAUUCCUGCCCUUUGUGUCCUGGAGAGCCGGUUAAAGGCGGCGAAGUUGGAGUUAUCCGUACUCUACGCCGAGUUGGAAACAUUCAUGACCGACGAGCAAGCUACAGCAGAUUAUGAUACCGUCAUGGAAUAUGAAGACGCUGCUAACAGCGCUUUGGCCUUGUUCAAGCACAAUAUCGACAUGCUCAAGGUUUCCUUCUCGCCUCCGACAACUCAGCCACCGACCGCAUCUGACGGGAAUCAAGCGUCUGCUUCCUCGAAGAACAGGACACGUUCACAGCGAGAGUUUGGCGCUAGGUUACCGAAGUUAGAACAUGUACGUUUCGACGGAACGGUCGCCCGAUGGCAGAUGUUCUGGGACAUGUUUCUUCAUUCUAUUCAUGAGAACCCGCGGCUGUCCCACACGGAUCUAUUCCAUUACGUCAUUUCGCUACUUGACGGAGCUGCUGAGCAAGCGGUCGCCGGAAUCGAAGUGACGAAAUCAAGCUACAGCGACGCCUUUGGAAUAUUGAAGCAGCGCGUAAACCACAAGUUGAUCGAGCAGAAUCUCUUGGAAAACCUAUGA